UUCUUGCUGUGAAUUGCCUACCUGCGUCGCAGUAAACAAUAAGGCAAAUGUGUCUUUUUAACGCAAAUUUUUAUAUGUAAACUAAGCUUAAAUACAUUACAAUGGCGAUGCCGUCGAUCUCAACAAUGCUGGGCGUUGUGUUCUUCGCCUAUAUUGUGCAUUCAAUUUAUCAAAUGUCGCAGCUAUUUACAAAAUUGGAAUGCACUGACACGCCCUGCUACGAAUCGUUGCUAGGCGACAAGCCACGCCUACAGCUGGCACUGUUCACAUCGACAACGCGCACUCCCAUUAGCAGUGAGGUGCAGGAUAUCUACAAGGAGCAAAACUUUAACUACUGGCAAUCGUUUGAGCAUGACUUUGAGUUGAAUGUGCCGCUCAAGACGCGACGCAAUGGCACCAUGUAUCUGCAUGUCGUGCUGGCGCUGCAAGGUGAACCACUUGAAUGGAAAACGUUGCGCCGUGAUGGGCCCACAACGGUGCAUACGCUAAGUCUAACGGAAUAUAUGUUGCCACGCGCAGAGGCAUUCAAUUUGCUAAGCGAGGGCAAAGCAACCGAACCAGAGACAGCAGCAGCCAGCCAGACUGCCAAGAAGAGCGCGCCGGCUGCAGCACGUCCCAGCACGCAUAUACGCUCCAAUGUAUUUGUCAGCCUGCUAACCGAUAUGUAUUCAGUUUCGCAAGCGGACGUGCCGCCCGAGCUUGCGCAGCUCAUACGCGUAAAUCGUAAUCAACAGAUUUUGCCCAUACUGCAAACGGAUGCAUUUAAUACGCGCAUCAAGCACUUGGUGCCAAUAACACGCAAUACCACCGAAUUUACAUUUAGCUUUCACUACAAUCCAGUGGGUGUGGGCAAGCUGCGUCUGAUGCUGAUCAUGGAGCAUGCCACACAGGCGCUCUACAAAAUGGGCUUUGCCAACAAGGAUGUGGAUGAGGUGAAGGGCAUCUUUUCGGACACCAAUAUGUAUCUGCUAUGCGGCACCAUACUCAUCUCUAGCGUUCAUCUGCUCUUUGACUUUUUGAGCUUUAAGAAUGACGUAGCCUUUUGGCGCUCGAAACGCAGCUAUGCGGGUCUGUCCACACGCACAACACUCUGGCGCGCCUUUUCGCAAAUUGUUAUCUUUCUGUAUCUGUUCGAUGAGCAGUCCUCGUAUUUGGUUUUAAUACCCGUCGGCCUGGGCAUGUUUAUAGAGCUGUGGAAAUGCAAGAAGAUAUUGCGCUUGGAGCUGACAUUCAGCGGUUUUAUACGUCGCAAAUUGGAGCAGGCAGAGCAGCCACAGCCGUCGGCGCUGGCGGAGGCACAAACGCAGCAAUUUGAUCGCCAGGGCAUGCGCUAUCUAAGCUAUUUGCUUUAUCCGCUUUGCGUGGCCGGUGCUAUCUACUCUUUGAUCUAUCAGCCGCAUCGCUCCUGGUAUUCCUGGACUCUCAACUCGCUGGUGAAUGGCGUCUAUGCGUUUGGCUUUCUGUUUAUGCUGCCGCAGCUGUUCGUCAACUAUAAACUCAAGUCUGUGGCAGCUCUGCCUUGGCGCGCCUUCAUGUACAAGGCAUUCAAUACGUUCAUUGAUGACUUCUUUGCAUUUAUAAUAACCAUGCCAACGGCACAUCGCGUGGCCUGUCUGCGCGAUGAUAUUGUGUUCCUUAUCUAUCUGUAUCAGCGCUGGCUUUAUCCUGUGGACAAGUCGCGCGUGGAUACGGGCGUUGCCAUUACAGAGACCACUGAGGCUGAAGAUGAUGCGCAUCAAAAGCGUGACUAAAGCGCCGCUGCACAUUCCGUCUGUACGCAACUUAGACUGUAAACCAAUUUGUAAACCUUGUAAUUGUAAACCUGUAGUAAAUUCAACAAAAUCUAUUGUCUUU